AUGGAGGCCAUGAUGAAGCAGUUUACUGCUAUGGCUUCAGACCUGCAAAACGUGAAUAACCAAAAAUCAACAAACUCAAAUCCGGGUGGAGGUUCAAAUCAGAAUGAACAGAUGGUGCUGCAUACAGGGGAAGUGUACCCGAGAGCUAUAAGAUUGGAUUUCCCAACCUUCAAUGGAGGUGAUCCACAUGGAUGGCUCUACAAGGUGAACCAGUUCUUUUCUUUUCAUAAUACGUUACCUCAACAUCGUUUGAGACUUGCUUCUUUUCAUAUGGAGGGCAAGACCCUCGUAUGGUUCCAAGAUCUUGAUGAGUCGGGGGUCUUAACAUCUUGGGAUGAGUUUGUUAAAGUCCUAUUGCUUAGAUUUGGGCCAAGUAGCUAUGAUGAUCCCAUGGAGCAAUUAACUAGGCUCCGACAAGUAGGAUCUGUUGAGGAAUAUAAAGCUCAGUUUGAGUCAUUAUCAAACAGAUUACGAGGGCUCUCAGAACAGUACAAACUAAGCUGUUUUUUGAGUGGUCUACGUGAUGAUAUAAGGUUGACAGUCCGCAUGUUUAACCCACACAACCUUCUCUUAACAUAUGGCCUUGCAAAAAUUCAAGAGGAGAAAACUACCUUACACAAGAAAUUCAUUCCCAGAACCAGUAACCAUCACCACUUUGAACUAGCCACCUUAAAAAUCAAUCCCACCCAACCUGAUAGCCAGAAACACAAUCCAAAAGCUUUUGUACCUGUCCACAAGAUUAGUCCAGCCCAAAUGAGGGAGAGGCGAGAGAAGGGCCUUUGCUAUAAUUGUGACUCCAAAUGGCACCCAGGGCAUAGGUGCCAAAGUCCUAAACUCUAUCUCAUUGAGGAGAUGUUGGAGGAUGACACUUUAAUAGAAGAACCACCAGACAGUUUGCCCUCACAAUCUAUUUGUUCAAAUCUGCCCAGACUAGAAAAAGAGCCAGAAAUCUCACUACAUGCCAUUAUUGGCUCUCCUAAUCCUAAAACCAUGAGGGUUAGAGGGAAAAUUGGCAGCCAAGGUGUCACUAUUGUAAUUGAUUCAAGAAGUACACAUAACUUCCCAGAUACUGCCAUUAUCUCACGUAUUCCAUUGUCAGUUUUAUAUGAGCACAAAGUUAAAGUUAAAGUGGCUAAUGGAGAUCAGCUUGAGAGUGAAGGGAAGGUGAUGGGGGUCAAUAUCAGCAUCCAAGGGGAGGUGUUCCAGGUCAACAUGUAUUUGCUGGACUUAGCUGGUUGUGACAUGGUUUUAGGCAUCCAAUGGCUGCAAGCAUUGGGAUCCAUCCUGUGGAACUUCAAAGAUUUGACCAUGCAAUUCCAACACAAUGGCAAGGCUGUAAUACUGAAAGGGUUGAAUGCUCAUCACUUGCUUGAGGAGGGGUCAAUGCAGCGAACUAAUCAUAUGGAGACUAAAGGACUUUUAUUGCAGUUGAUUGAAGAAUCCACAACAAAUCCACCACAUUCUCUACCUGAACCAAUUCAGCACCUACUCAACAAUUACCAAGACAUCUUCUGCACCCCAAAAGGCCUUCCCCCUAGCCGUACACAUGACCAUUCUAUCACACUACAACCAGGAACAAAACCAAUCUCUGUGAGGCCAUAUUGCUACCCCUAUUUUCAGAAGGAAGAAAUUGAAAAGAUUGUGCAGGAACUCAUGGAAUCAGGGGUUAUACGACCAUCUCAAAGCCCUUACUCAUCUCCAUGCCUUUUGGUGAGAAAGGCCGAUGGGACUUGGCGAUUAUGUGUGGAUUACAGGGCGCUGAACAGUGUCACUAUUAAGGAUAAAUAUCCUAUUCCGGUGGUGGAUGAGCUAAUGGAUGAACUCUAUGGAGCUAAAAUUUUUUCUAAGCUUGAUUUGAGGUCGAGUUACCAUCAAAUCAGGGUGCAUCCGAAGGAUGUUCCUAAAACUGCUUUUAGGACACAUGAAGGUCACUACGAGUUCCUAGUUAUGCCUUUUGGCUUAACUAAUGCGCCCUCAACAUUUCAAAGCUUAAUGAACCAGGUUUUUAAGCCCUAUCUCUGUCACUUUAUUUUGGUAUUUUUUGAUGAUAUACUAAUCUAUAGUAGUGAUGUUGAGAUGCACUUAUCACACUUGAAACUCACUUUUGAAUUACCAAGACAACAUCAAUUAUUUGCCAAGUUGAGUAAGUGUUGUUUUGGGCAAGAAGAAAUUGCCUAUUUGGGCCAUCUCAUUUCGGGCCAAGGCAUUAGAGUUGAUCUGGAUAAAUUGAAAGCCAUGAAGAAUUGGCCUGUUCCAAGAUCUAUCAAGGCCUUGAGAGGAUUUUUGGGGCUAAUGGGUUACUAUCGACGAUUUGUAAAAAGAUAUGGGGCAAUUGCAGUAAAGCUAACUAAACUGUUAAAAAAAGACAGUUUCAAGUGGAAUGAGACAGCCCUAACUGCUUUUGAACAACUUAAACAGGCCAUGAGUCAACCACCAGUUUUGGCCUUACCUAAUUUUCAAUUACCUUUUGUAAUUGAAUGUGAUGCCUCCGGGGAAGCUAUUGGGGCUGUGCUAAUGCAAGAGGGAAGACCACUAGCUUUUUUCAGUCAAGUUCUUAAAGGCCGAGCACUAGCUAUGUCAACAUACGAAAAGGAACUAAUGGCACUAGUUUCAGCUGUACAGAAAUGGCGACCCUACUUGUUGGGCCACUCUUUCGUAGUGAAAACGGACCACCAAAGUCUCAAAUUUUUACUAGAUCAGAGAGUGGGCACUCCAAUGCAGCAAAAAUGGAUAUUGAAGCUCAUGGGGUAUGAUUUUUUGGUGGAAUACAAAAAGGGGAGAGAGAAUGUGGUAGCGGAUGCCUUAUCUAGGCAAGAGUUAGAAAAUGAAGUGACGGUGGCUCUAAUUACACUUUCUAGCUGGGAUUGGCUCACUGAAAUUAAAAGCCUCUAUGAUUUCGAUGCAGAAGUAACAUCAUUGUUUCAAAAACACCAAGAAAACAGGUUGCCUCCUCAAUAUGUGGUCAAAGAUGGGGGUGUGCAACUGGCUUUCAGCACUGCCUACCAUCCUCAAACCGAUGGUCAAACAGAGGCAGUGAAUAAGUGGGUCGAGAACUACCUAAGGAGUUAUGUCAGUGACAAUCCUAAGGAUUGGUCUAAUUGGGUCGCAGGAGCCCAUCAUCAUGAGAAGCUUGAGGUGUGGAAUCAGUCUACUUUUGGGAAUGUUAAGUAUCAACUGGACAAAGCUAGAAACAGAUUAAACCAGUUGCAUGAUUUAGACCCAUCAGAGAUUGACAUUGCCAGGUUGAAUCCUGCAAGAGAAGAUGUUCAAGAACUGGAUACAAUGCAAGGGAAUCAUAUGGAAGCUACAGUGGAUUCACUUAUUGAUCAAGAGACCAAGUGGUGGAAGGUGGAGUACAUUAGAGCUCUCUUCAAUCCAAUUGUUGUUGUCGAUAUACUGAAAAUCAUGUUGUCAUCAAACGAGUAUGAGGACAAAUGGAUAUGGACACAAGAGAAGAAUGGAAAUUCCAGUGUUCAAAGUGCUUAUAGGUUUAUUCAUGAACAAUACAGAAGAAAUCAGGGGGAAAACUCCAAGGAAAAAGAGCUCAUGAUUACAUCAAUAGCAAAGGCUAAAAUGAUGUGUUGCUGGAAACCACCACCAGUGGAUGUUGAAUGUUGA